CUCUUUUUUUUUUAGUUUUUUUAUGAGCAAAGUACCGCAUCGACAUGGAUAUACUUUUGGCGAACGUGAACAGUCUGCAAUUCAAGGCGGAGCGCGACCUGAUUGAACAGGUGGGCGCCAUACCGCUGCCGUUCUAUGGCAUGGACAAGUCCAUUGCCGCAGUCUGCAAUUUUAUCACAAAAAAUGGCCAGGAGUGCGACAAGGGCAGCGCGUGCCCGUUCCGGCACAUACGAGGUGAUCGGACCAUCGUCUGCAAGCACUGGCUGCGCGGCCUCUGCAAGAAGGGCGACCAGUGCGAGUUUCUGCACGAGUACGACAUGACCAAGAUGCCGGAAUGCUAUUUCUAUUCACGUUUCAAUGCCUGCCACAACAAGGAGUGCCCGUUCCUGCACAUCGAUCCACAGAGCAAGGUGAAAGAUUGUCCAUGGUAUAAGCGCGGCUUCUGCCGCCACGGGCCGCACUGCCGGCAUCAGCAUCUGCGGCGUGUGCUCUGCAUGAACUACCUGGCCGGCUUCUGUCCGGAUGGACCCAACUGCAAGCACAUGCAUCCGCGGUUCGAGCUGCCGCCCCUCGCCGAUCUCAGCAAGGAUCAACUGCACAAGAAACUGCCCACCUGUCACUAUUGCGGCGAGCUCGGACACAAGGCGAACUCGUGUAAACAGUAUGUGGGCAGCCUGGAGCAUCGCAAUAACAUUAACGCCAUGGACCACAGCGGGGAGAACAACGAAGACGGUGUACCCAAUCAUCCGCCGCCGGCGUUUAUAAAAGUGCCUACGCCGCUGGAGGAGAUCACAUGCUACAAAUGUGGGCACAAAGGUCACUAUGCCAAUAAAUGCCCCAAAGGUCAUCUGGCCUUCCUAUCGAAUCAACAUAGUCAUAAAUAAUGUUAAGCCCUGAACACCCAUUGUACAUCUAAGAAUUCAGUUAGUAGUACAGAUUAAAUCUUCCGUCAGACCAUCAA